AUGAGGGGAUUACAAGGGGAUAUGCUGGUGCAUGAGCAGGAUGAAGCCGAGGACAUCGACAUGGAAAACGGCCGAGCGAGCGAGACAUCGGCUAUAUCGAUGUUCAUGGGCUCCAUCUCCGAGCUACCACCGCCUUCAAUCGCCGCGUCAAAUUUGAUCCUCACUUGUCUAUGUCUCACAUGGCGUCACUCUUGCACGCAACUCUUUGUUGGAGGACUUUCUUGCAAUACGAACGAAAAGGUUUUAAAAGAUACAUUUCAGGAAUUUGGUGAUUUAAUUGAAGUUAAGGUAAUAUGUGACCGUGUGAGUGGGGAAUCAAGAGGAUAUGGAUUUGUCAAAUAUUCUUCCGCGGAGGCGGCAAACAAAGCCAUGAAGGAAAGGGAUGGCCACCUGCUGGAUGGCAGGAAUAUCCGCAUUCGUUAUGCCCACAAAGGGAGUUAG